AUGGUAUGUUGGGUGGGCUAUGAGAAGGAGGGUUUCCGAGGCCACCAGUACGUGCUGGAGGAGGGAGAGUACCAUGACUGGAGGGUGUGGGGAGGCUGCGACUCAGAGCUACGCUCUGUCAGGGUCAUACGAGCGGACCUGAAAGACCCAAUGCUGGUGAUGUUUGAGCAGCCAGAUGAAGAGCAGGGGGACAUGCAGGAGGAAAACACCUUUGAGGUGACGCAGGCCAUUCCUGAUGUCGAGCCAUUUGGAUACAAAACAAACACCCUCUCCAUCCAAGUCAUCAAUGGAGCAUGGAUAGCUUACUCCCAUGUGGACUUCUCGGGUCACCAGUACAUCCUAGAGAAAGGUUUCUAUAAUAAUUGUGCCGACUGGGGCUCCGAAGACACCCGCAUCUGCUCUGUUCAGCCCAUCUUACUAGUGAGGACCAUUAUGGAGAGAAAGAAUGGAUUGUAA